AUGAGCCCGUGGCAGCCUGUGCUGACCUCCUCAUCCGGGUCUCAGAGAAACCCGCCCCUGCCCUCAGCUGGGGGGCUCCAGGAACCAAGAGGUGAAAGCCCAGAUCUGAAGCUCGUGUCUACAGGUCACAGAUCAGAGGAGGUCCAGGCAGCACGAGGAGUCAAGGUGAGGCCUGUGGAUCCAGUUCUGCACUGUCUGUCCGUACUCUUGCUACCAGGAGUCAUUAUGCCUCCACCUCCAAAGCGUUUGUGUUACAUGAAGUGUUGGUGCUGCAUACUUAAGGAAAACCUUCAGUCCCAGAGCGAGAACUGGGGACUUUGGAAUGCACAAGUUCCUCAGUGUGAGGAGGAGAGGGCCUCCUCCUGUUCCUCCUCUUCCUCCUCUUCCUCCUCAUCCUCUUCUUCCUCUUCUUCUUCUUCCUCCUCCUCUCCCCACCCCACCUCCUCCUUCUGUUUUCUGACCCCAGGCACCACAAUUGAGGUUCCUGAUACUGCUGGGACACCGAGUCCUUUCCAGGCUUCUCAGAGAGUUUGGACCUUACCCACUGCCCUAGCAACCACUCCAUCAAUCAUAUCAGAUCAGGGAUCUGGCAGUAGAAAAAGAAAAAGGCCAAGCACUUCGCAGGCCCUGCCAGAUGGUGGGCACUUGCUCAGAGAUGCAAUAGAUGGUAAGGUGGGGGAUCUGGUGUCAUUCCUGCUCGUCAGAUAUCACAGAAAGGAGGUGGCCACAAAGGCAGAAAUGCUUAGCGUUAUCAAAGAUUACCAAGACCUCUUCCCCAUGAUCCUCAGUCAAGCCACUGACUGCAUGAAUCUGGUCUUUGGUAUUGAUGUGAAGGCGUUGGACCCCACAGGUCUCUUCUAUGUCUUGGUCAACACCUUGGGUCUCACCUACAAUGAUUUGUUGAGUGGUGAUGAGGAGAGCAUGCCCAUGGCUGGCCUCCUUGUAAAUACCUUGAGUAUAAUCUUCAUAGCUGGCAACUGUGCACCUGAGGAAAAGAUCUGGGAAAUGCUAGGUAUCAUGGGCCUGUAUGCUGGUAUGAACCAUUUCAUCUAUGGGGACCCCAGGGAGCUGCUGACCCAAGUGUGGGUGCAACAAGGGUAUCUGGAAUACCGACAGGUGCCCAAUAGUGAUCCUGCCUGCUAUGAGUUCCUGUGGGGUCCCCGGACUUAUGCAGAGACCACUAAGAUGAAAGUCUUAGAGUUCUUGGCCAAAGUUCAUGAUACCACCCCCAGUGCCUUUCCUAGCUUGUAUGAAGAAGCUUUGCAAAGUGAAAAAACAGGACCCCAAGCCAGAGUUGUAGCCAGGGCCAGGGCCAGGGAUGGGACUUGUGCCAGGACCAGGGCCUAUUCCAAGGUCACAUCCAACAGCUUAUCUUGCCCCAACUGA